UCCUGCAGGAGCUGAUGAAGUGCGGCAUCGUGAUAUACGAUAUCACUCAGGAUCAGGGACAGGUCGAAGAGGCUCGAUGGGCACUGAAAUACAUCGUUCAGCAACUAGAAAAGAUGGAGCAAUUAUCGCCAAAGGCUUUCAAACGUAACAACGAGAUACGAAACUUCAUCCUUAUAUCCACUUUGAUGACUUGGGCCAAUACGAAACCAUUGAAUCCGGAUGAGCCGGACUUACCAUUCACGGAAGAAGACUAUAGGAAGAGGAAGCCUCAUCCAAACUUCAAAGAGCACAUUCAGUGUGAAAAGGAAGUUGUGAUAGUAAAAAAGAAAUCCAAACUUAAAGACAAGCUGAAAACAUUAGUGAUUUGUUGCGGAGUGACUUAUGGCGACGAGCAGGGUCCUUUGCAUCAUUUAUUCAAGAUGGCUUGGCAGAACGCACCGUUUCUGCCGAUCAUUGGAAAAGGGAAUAACAAUAUUCCAUUACUGCAUAUUCGUGACCUAUCCAAUGUAGUGCUGGAUGUUUUACAAAAUUGGCCUCCAUUACGGUAUAUCGUAGCUGCGGAACAGGAACCGACUUCACAGAGCACUAUUGUUAAGUCAAACGAGGUCGAGGAGGCCAUGACUGCAGCACAGGACGAAGCGGAGCAGACGCUCGAAGACGCGGACGAGGAAGACGAGGACGUAGAAGAGGAUAGAGCCACUAAAGUCGAAGAAAUGCAGGAAUUGUUGGACGAAAUAGAGCGAAACAUGCAAAGAACCAAUGGUCGUCUCGACGAGCCCCUUUUGAACAAAUUAUUCCUGAGGAAGUUACGCUCGAAGGAAUGCUUGAACCAAGGCUACGUUAUGGACGGCCAUCCGAAGACGUUGGAACAAGCGAAAACAUUGUUCGGCGGAGAAAGUUUAACUGAAUUCGACGAAGAAUUGGGAGAAGAUGCCGAGACAGAUACGAUGCAGUCGAUUAUGCCUGAGUUGGUGGUGUCGUUGGAAGCCAGCGACGAGUUUCUGAAGGAAAGAAUUAUUCAACGACCCGAGAAAGAGAUCCAGGGUACCCAUUACACGGAGGAACAUAUGAUGCGCCGUUUGAAGGAAUACAGGAAGAGGAACACCGACGAUAAUACACCGUUGAAUUUUUUCGAUGAAAUUGAAAUUCAUCCGCUCAUCAUCGACGUAGAGGACGAUGUAUGCCCCGAUAUGUUCCCCACGAUUUAUCAAUGUCUCCAGAGAGUCGGCCCGCCGAGAAACUACGGAUUAACCGCUGAGGAAACGAGGGAUGCGCGAGAGCGCGCUGAGGCGGAAGCGCGUGCAACGGAAGCUGCUGUGAAACUACAACAAGAAAGAGAAUUCUUAGAACACAAACGUCUACGCGAGGAGAAGAUGGAGGAAUGGACGAAUUUGAUGGAGAAGUUGAAGGAAGAGCAAGAAGAAAGACUCUGUUUAGCUGGCUUGCCUCUACGCCACUAUUUGAUGAAGUACGUGUUUCCAACGUUGACGCAGGGACUCAUCGAAGUUGCAAAUUUACGUCCUGACGAUCCUGUCGACUUUCUCGCUGAAUAUUUAUUCAAAGAAAAUCCAGAGGGGAAAAUGUUCGAGCCAGAAUACACAAAGGCGAUGGCCUCGGUUCUGGAAAUGAUCGACAAGUACGGUAACUUCGUUCUUCCCGAAGAAGGAGUCAGCGACAAAAUGUUUGAAUUUUUAAAACGGGAGCGCAGCAAGUCGGAAGAAGUGAUGGAUAGUAGCGAUAUAGACGUGUGCACGAGUCGGAAGACCUGUAUCACACCUUGUUUCACGUAUGAAGACACGGACACGUACGAGGGAGAAGGAGGAAUCGAACGGACAGUAUCCGAGCAAAUCUAUGACAAGGAAGAUUGACGGAGUUCGAGCGAGCCGGACAGUUCUUCCCGAAGGAUCUGGACGUUAGGUCGAAUCGCAUGGCAAUUUAUUAAUCUACACGUGGUACGACAAUGACAAUAUUUGACCGCCAUCGUCACCUGAAGUUCCUGUAAUCUAUUGAAUUCUGCAUACUAAUACCCUACGUCUCUCUUGAAUCUGUUUAAGAAGACAUUUACGUAGUGUGAUGGCUGGAAUGUGGAUAUUUAUGCAUUCAUAGGAAAUUUAAAUAUUUAAAAAUGUAUAGGAUACACGUGAAUAUACAGAAUAUUUAAAGCAAAGAAUUUCACCACGUUCAGACGAUGAAAGAAAUAUUUAUUUUGGUUUUAUUCUUAUAGCUGUCUUUCUAAAGAUAUAAAUUUGCAUACAUAUCUGCAGUUUAGCGAUACUUUGAUUCGGAAUAUUUGUUUACGACGUAUGCUAAUUGCUAUAAGUGAGAACAAGAAUGAGUUUUAUGUUGUGAUCGUGUCGUGACUCAAAGUACACUUUGACAUAAGUAUAGAAAUUGUCGAUGGAGCA